AACCCACAAAAAGGUAGAGGGGGGGGCGGAGAGGAAAAGGCGUUAUUGUGGGUGCCGACCGACCACCGUUUUUAUUUUUUUGGAAGACUGACGAGUCGGUGACGAGAGGCGCAGCUGUGGAUGCAUCUGGCACAGAGAACACCGGAGAGGGUCUCUGACAGAAGCAUGGGCCAGCAUCUAGGAAAGAGAGAAUCACCAACACACAGCCAGGCUCCUUCACCUGAACCAGCAGCGAUGCAGACAGCAGCAGCAACAGACGAACCGGAAUCACAAGACGAAGUCUUUGGCCUGGCUGAGGCAGAUGCGAACCAGAACAAUGGCUGCGACGCGGCGAAGCCGGCGGUGACUGACUCCACGGGCGCUGAGGGCCCCCGCCAGCCCUGGCCCGACGCCAGCACAGCUGACCCUGACGAAGCCACGCCACGCCCCCACCUGGCCCGCCUCUUCUCCCGAGAUGCCCCGGGGCGAGAGGACAACACCUUCAAAGAGCGACCCUCCGAAUCGGACGAGCUGCAGACCAUCCAGGAACACAGCGGAGCGGGUUCAGAGUGCGGCUCCGAGUCCCCCGAACAGGAUCUAGAAUAGGCUAAACCCCCCCUGCCUUUUUCUCUUUUGCCUCCUCCGUCUUUUUUCGAUCUGUCAUUUAAGAGAGGCAAGAGCCCCGCGUUCAAAUUUUGCCAAUUACGAUCGUGCCACCGACUACUACAAGCAUGGCAUCUGCAAGCAGCUCCGCACAGGCCGCCUUCGGGCUCGGCCGCAGGAAGAAGACCCCCGGCCUCCUGGAUCAGAUUGGAAACUUCUUCGGCGGGGACAAGAAGAGGAAGAGCAAGGGAUCCUUCCGAGGCGCCCUCUCUCCAGGCCCCCAGAAAGGCUCCGCGACUUCCCCGCGUAAGCGCGGGGCAGAGAACGCUGUGGUCCAUUUCUUCCGCACCAUCGUGUCCCCCGCCCCUCCCAAGUCGAGGUGGGGAGGACUAGCAGCCAGGAUGGGCCUGGGCGACCAGAAGUCGCAGUCUGCUAAGGCCAAGAAGGCCAGCGCGGGCGACGGCAAAGGGUCCCUCACUAGGAUCUUCAAAAUGUGAUGAUAUCAGCAGCCGAGGCAGCAGGAGUUCCUCUCCAGCCAAACGCUGAAGUCCUUCUACGACCCCUCGCUCAAGGGCAGAUGUUCAAGAUCGCACGGAGGAAAAAGAAGAAGAAAAGGAAGAAACCCCGUCACCCCCCCCGUGAACUUACCUUCUCCUUCUCCUCUGAUAACACUCUAACUUAUGCUAAAUCCCUAUUACCCCCCCCCCCCCCCUGAACCCAUUUUGGCUGGUAGAUAGCGACACAAUCUGUUGCCUCCUCCCUUCUGCACGCGUUGUCUCUCUGCAUUCCUCAUCAUUAGCCUGAACUUUUCGCUGAAACGUAUUCGGCCCGACUGCCCCCCAGCGUCCCCCCCGGCUGUCUGUGCUCGUGCUUGAGUGUCUGUGCACGUCUAACAAAAGGAUGGCUAAACCCAAGCGCACCCGGAGCGGCGGAAGGUUCGACGCCGUCGCCCCUCGCUUGCUUGCAGGAAAAAGGCCGCCGUGUUUCUGUUUUAGAAAUGAGCUUUUUUUUGUGUCUCGUCAACACUGUCUUUGUCAUUCCCACAAACCUCUUCCUGUGAACCAUGAACCCGUUGUUGUGGGAUGGUCACAGUGUGUUUGCAUUCAAGCCCUUUGUGUCGUAGCUGUGGUUAAGUGUCCCGUCAUGAAUGUGAUGUUGUCUACGUUUGUCUUUGGGGCCUAUUUCUAACAAACAAAUGCGUUAUAACUAAGGUUUCAUUUAUUUUUGGUUGAUGAAGUAAUGGUUUUCACUAACGAUGGAUUCGAACCUCCCCGCUUUGCUUUAGUCUGGUUUCUCCUUUGUCUUUGCUGUUUCGGUCCCACAUACUGUAAAUUAACACAAUGUUCAAGGACCGUUUCCUUUCCGCCUGACUACCAAAACAAAGUGCUGUGUUGCCUUCUCACGGAUGAUUUAAAAACCACAAUUUCAAAUGAAGGUGCUCUGUAACUAACUCUGUGGAGUGUUUCUAGGGAAUGUGUGAUUUAAAUAUCUAAAAAAAGAAAACCUCUGUUGAAAACAUCCACAUGUUCCACAUGUGUUUGAAAAGCAGACAUGUGACAUCCGCAGCGUCCGUCUCUCCCACCGUUUGUGAGCUUGAUCCUUUGUGAGUGCUGUUUGAUUCUGAACGGAUCCUGUGGAUGAAUGUAAAGAUCCUCUGUUUAAUAAAAUAGGACCAGCCACUUAACUGAGAAUAAAAAAUAAAAACUGUAAAACAGA